CCGCAUUCCAGCGCGCUGCCCCGGGCUCUUCCUCUUUGACUGCAGCAGCGACUGACCGACUCCGCAGCCAUGGCGGGCGACAAGAGCACGAAGAAGAAGUCCAAAGCGUCCAAGGCCUGCGUCAGCGAGUGGCCGUCCACCAACCCGUCGUCCAGCUCGCGCUCCAUCCCCGCCAAGACCAAUGACAAGCUGCAGAAGCUCGUGUCGCCGCACCUGGACUCGUUCAACUUCUUCCUGACCGAGGGCCUGGACCUGGCCGUCGCCGACAUGUGCAAGGUGCCCGUGGAGCUGCCCAACCAGCACCGCAUGGACCUGUGGAUCGAGAACGCACAGAUCGGCUACCCCACCACGGAGAACCAGAUCACGGGCGAGCAGAAGCUGCUGCCCAGCGAGUGCCGUCAGCGCGGCAUCUCGUACACGGCGCCGCUGGUCGUGACGCUCGCGCGCUCCUUCGGCGGCUCGCAGAACGUGGAACGUAUCCAGCGCGUGGUGGGCGACAUCCCCAUCAUGGUGCGCUCCAAGCGCUGCCACCUCAAUGGCAUGUCUCCUACGGAGCUUGUCAAGGCUCGCGAAGAGGCCAACGAGAUGGGUGGAUACUUCAUCUGUAACGGUAACGAGCGCUGCGUGCGUCUGCUGCAGAUGCCGCGUCGCCACCACAUCAUGGCUGUGCGUCGUGGUGCCUUCGCCAACCGUGGCGACCUGUACACGGAGCUGGCUGUGACCAUGAAGUGCGUCAAGCGCGACCAGUCUGCUGUCACGGUCACGCUGCACUACUUGCAGGAUGGUAACGCUACCGUGCGUUUCGGUGUGAAGAAGCAGGAGUUUAUGAUCCCCGCGGGUCUGGUGCUCAAGGCGCUGUACCCUCUGACGGACCGUGAAAUUUACGAACGCGUGCUGCGUGGAGACCACGAGAACACGUACCUGUCCGCUCGUGUGGAGCUGAUUCUGCGCGAAGCCAAGAAGUUCUCGCUGUACACGCGCGAUGAGGCGCUGGCGUAUCUUGGUAAGCACUUCCGCUUUGCGAUGCCGUACGUGUACGAGAACAUGAGCAACGUGGAGGUUGGCAGCAAGCUGCUGGACGACUACCUGUUCGUCCACAUCCCCAAGGGCGAAAAGGGACGUACGCAGAAGGUGGAGCUGCUGUGCUUGAUGCUGCGUAAGCUGUACGGAUUCGCGAAGGGCGACGUCCCGGAGGACAACUCCGAUUCAGUGAUGAACCACGAGCUGUUGCUGCCGGGCCACCUGUACCUGAUGCUCCUGAAGGAAAAGCUGCAGGACUCUCUCGUUGCGAUGCGCAUGAACAUUUUGAAGGAGACGCAGAACAAGGAGAAGAGCGUCGUGAUGGACCAGGUAUUCCUCCGCAAGAUGUGGGAUCGUACCCCCAACAUCGGUAACGCCAUGACGUACUUCCUGAACACGGGUAACCUUCGCUCGUCAAGUGGUCUGGAUCUGCUGCAGAUUGCUGGUUACACUAUCGUCGCCGAGAAGCUGAACUACUACCGUUACUUCUCGCACUUCCGGUCCGUUCACCGUGGUCAGUUCUUUACCGAAAUGAAGACUACUGCAGUUCGUAAGCUGCUGCCGGACUCGUGGGGUUUCUUGUGCCCCGUGCACACGCCUGAUGGAUCCCCUUGUGGUCUGCUGAACCACUUGGCUGUGGAGUGUGAACUUGUGUGCUACCCGGCACACAAGGCGGAUGACUACCUCCAGCAGGAAGUCAAGCUGGCGCGCUUCCUGACCAGUCUUGGUAUGAUCCCGACGUCGGGCUAUGCUGAUGGUGCCCUCGUUGUUCCGUACUCGUACCUGCCAGUGAUGAUGAACGGUAAGGUCCUUGGUGGUGCCCCUGCGGAAGUGUGCAAGCGUAUCGCCAGUGUUCUGCGCAAGGUCAAGUCGGCGGAUAGCUCGGAAGAGCGUGACGCGAACGGUAUUGUGAAGAACCUCGAGGUGUGCCUGAUCCUGCCCACGCGUGGUGGCCCCUUCCCCGGACUGUUCUUGUCGGCCGACGCUGCUCGUAUGUCGCGCCCCGUGAUGCAGAUGGACACCAAGCGCAUUGAGUAUAUUGGACCCAUGGAGCAGGUGUUCAUGGACAUCGCUUGUACGAAGGAUGACAUUCGUCCGGCCACGACUCACAUGGAGAUCAAGCCCACGAACAUGCUUUCGCUUGUGGCCUCGUUGACUCCGUUCUCCGACUACAACCAGUCGCCGCGUAAUAUGUACCAGUGUCAGAUGGCCAAGCAGACAAUGGGUACGCCUGCUCACUCGAUCGUGCACCGCACGGACAACAAGAUGUACCGUAUCCAGUCGCCCCAGAUCCCUAUCGUUCAGAACGAGCGCCUGCGCGAGUACCAGCUUGACGAGUACCCGCUGGGAACCAACGCUGUGGUGGCCGUGAUUUCGUACACGGGUUUCGAUAUGGAGGAUGCUAUGAUUCUGAACAAGUCAUCUUACGAGCGUGGUUUUGCGCACGCGUCCGUGUACAAGCAGCUGACCGUCGACAUCAGCUCCAACGGUAAGCAGGGGAGCACAACGUCGAAGAAGUACUUCUCCAACAUUAAGACGGACGGCAGCGGUGAGCAGUGCUCAACGAAACUGGACCGCGAUGGUUUUCCGCACAUUGGACAGGUUGUCAACUACGGUGACCCCAUUGCAAGCUGGAUUGAUGAGACGACUGGACAGCCCUCGUUCCAGAAGCACAAGGAGUCGGAGCCUGCUAUUAUCGAGCAGGUCAACAUGAUUGGCAGCGCGUCUCAGGCUUCCGAGUUCACCAAGGCUAGCAUUAAGCUGCGUUUCUGCCGUAACCCAACGAUCGGAGACAAGUUCUCGUCGCGUCACGGACAGAAAGGUGUCAUGAGUAUUUUGUGGCCUCAGGCUGACAUGCCGUUCUCGGAGUCUGGUAUCUCCCCGGAUGUUAUCAUUAACCCACACGCCUUCCCGUCGCGUAUGACCAUCGGUAUGCUUAUCGAGUCGAUGGCUGCCAAGACGGGUGCGCUGAAGGGCAAGUACAUGGACGCUACCCCGUUCAAGUUCAGCGAGAAGGACCGCGUGAUCGACUACUUCGGCUCGCAGCUGAAGGAGCACGGCUACAACUACAUGGGCAGUGAGCCUCUGUACUCUGGUAUCUCGGGUACGGUCAUGCAGGCCGACAUCUACAUUGGCGUUGUGUACUACCAGCGUCUGCGUCAUAUGGUUAGCGACAAGAGCCAAGUGCGUGCUACGGGCCCGAUGAACUCGCUUACCCGCCAGCCCGUGAAGGGUCGUAAGAAGGGUGGAGGUAUUCGUCUUGGUGAGAUGGAGCGCGAUUCGCUGCUUGCCCACGGUUGUGCGUUCCUGGUGCAGGAUCGUCUCAUGAACUGUUCCGACAAGCACAUCGCCACGGUGUGCACAAACUGUGGCAGUCUGCUGUCCAACGCGACCCAGCGCUCGACCGUGGAGACCGCGGGCCAGGGAGAGAUCGCCAUCGCCAUGAAGGCCAAGACGCAGUGGUACUGUACAGUUUGCCAAACGGGCGAGGGCUGCGAGGCCGUCGCCAUGCCCUACGUCUUCCGCUACCUGGCCAACGAGCUGGCCGCGAUGAACAUCAAGAUGUCGCUCACCUUGAAGGGAUGCUAAUGGGUGCGUGCACCUUCCGGCAUGCGGUUAGCCCCAAAACAAAUAGAUUUAUUUGACGUAUCGG